GCCGCCUCAUUAGUCACGCUCGUCAUGCACUUGUUGGAGGGUGUUCCCCGUCGAUCCUCUGCUCUGCUACUGGCCGGUCUUCGCGUGGUCAUUUCGGCUACUCUGAAGUAUGCUCGCCAUCCGGGGGGCCUCAACGAGCAAGACAAAUCCCUCGUCAAAGACAUUUCGCGCGAUCCCCGUACCAUCCUACGCAGGUACAAUCUCGAGCCGACUCUGGAGCCCUAUGUAUGCUGCAUGGCUUGCUUCGCGCUCUACCCUGUGACAAGCUGUCCCGUAAACUGCAUCCAACUCCAGUGCUCGUCCAGCGCCCCUUGUGGCGCCCCCCUCACACGGAUUCGCACGAUCAGGGGGAAGGAAUUCCGUUUCUCGAUGCGGGACUAUCUGCACCAGCCUUUACCCCAGUGGCUAGGGCGCCUUGUCUCCAGAGAGGGAGUCGAAGACAUCAUGAGAAUGCCGGACCUGGCUGCGCUUUUGGCCGAACGGCGCACCGCUCGCGACUUUUGCGAUGGGGAGAUCCUGCGAACAUUUCUGGGACCAGAUGGGGAGCGCCUAUUCGUCGAUGUUCCACCCGACGAAACACGGCUGAUAUUCGCUCUGGCUAUCGACGGUUUCAACCCGUACCAGUCGAAAACGGCCAAGCAGAAAAACAUGUAUCUCGUCGGCAUAAUCCCAGGACCAUCGAAGCCAUCCAUGGAGCAGAUCAAUCAUUUUCUUCGCCUUGUCGUCGAUGACCUUCUCGUCCUCUGGGCACCUGGCAUCCGAUUCUCUCGUACAUGGAAGUACCGUUUUGGACGGCUUUUCCGUGCAGCACUCAUACCCGUUGUUUGCGACAUCUUGGCAGCCCGUCAGGUCGUUGGACUUGGAUCACACUCGUCAACUUUCUUUUGCGGUCUUUGUUACCUUCGUCUGGAUGACAUAGAAAAUUUCGAUUGCGCCACAUGGCCUGCCCGUGAUCCUGAUCUCCAUAGACGGCACGCAGAAGAAUGGAAAGCAGCAGCUUCUUUGGAAGACCGGGAUCGACUGUUUGACCUUCACGGGAUUCGUUGGUCUGAACUUCUUCGUCUGCCCUAUUGGGACCCUGUUGGCUUCACCGUGGUCGACUCUAUGCAUAACCUCUAUCUUGGUUUACUCAAGAAUCACUGCCGAGACAUCUGGGGCAUCAGCGUCGACCUCGAGGACGGAGAUGCUACCUCUCACCCGUCAAAGAAGACGCCACAGUUUCCUCCAGCCGAAGACUGGUCGCGAGGUCUCCGCCUUCUAUAUCACGCCCCACUCAGCCAGCUACAGAAGUGCAAGAAGGCUGUCUUAUCGCGCGGGGCAAAUGCGAAAACCAUGGAGCAACACAAUAAGCAAGCAUUAGUUUAUAUGUGUACCGAAGCUAAACUCUCCUCAGAAGGGUCCAGACGUGACCUCGCAGCCCGUCUGAUGAGCCUUCGUACGCAACCCCAGUCGGUAUGUACCAAUGUUCAGAAGCCUGAAGCGCGAACGCGGAACGCACUCGGGCGCCAAGCUAUGGCGUCGUUUCGCACUGUCAGGGCAUCCAUGGAACUUCCCAGUUGGGUAACCCCCGCACCGCGGGGAUUCGGGACGACAGAGCAUGGAAAACUGAGCGCUGAUCAGUGGCAUACGACGUGCACCGCUGUCUUGCCGGUCGCCCUCGUACUAGUCUGGGGCUCAGACACUCAGGCUGAGACUCGGAACUUCAAGAUGCUCUGCAACUUCAUGGACCUCGUAUCCGCUGUCAUCCUUGCGGGCUUGCUCGAAAUCACUUCAGAGCACAUCACCAUGUACGAACAGUAUAUGUUGCGCUAUCUCACGACGAUGAAGGAUCUGUACAAGGAGGCUACCGUCAAACCCAAUCACCAUUACGCACUCCAUAUCCCCCACUUCAUGCGUCUUUUUGCGCCGGUUCAUUCCUGGCGAUCCUUUGCGAUUGAGAGGUUCAACUAUGUUCUGCAGAGGAUGAACACAAAUUUGACACAUACAGGGGAGAUGGAAGCGACUUUCAUGAGCACUAGUUGUCGCGCGGCCAACCUUCGUUCCCUGCUCCAUAAUGCCGACAUCCUUCCGUACAUCGAGGAAUUCGUCAGUUCCUACGACACAAUAUCCGGAGAAGACGUACGAGGUAUGCGUCUCGAUGCAGUCCUCCGAGGCGCCGAUAAGGCCGCGGCGAUGACUCCUGAUGAGGCCGAGAUGAAGCAGUCGCAUCUCGACGAGGACUACUACGACGCUCUGCUAGUCAAACUGAACGAAGAAGCAGGUCGCGAGAUGUAUGUUCGCCACGCCACCGAGCCAGGGCGGUCUGCAGUGUACCGUCUAUCGCGCGCGGUUUCGCACAAACGAAAGCUUCUAUGUUCUGGCAUCUACUAUCACACAUCCCGAUCGUCUUCCAGAGACAGUAACAUACUGUUCAACCCGUCGGGACCUUCUACAACUCCUUGCGCUGGCAGUAUCAUCGACAUCUUCCAUCACACUCGCAAUACCACAACGGACAACAGGGUUUCGGAAAGCUUCCUCGUCAUCUCGCACUACAACGAGUUGAGCGAGCUCGACUCGACGCAGGAUACUUUUCGGAGGUUCCCCAUCGCCGGAGGUCGACUUGUGUAUAGAUCCCUUGCCCCAGGGUACUCACUCAUCCGGCCUGAACAAAUCCUGUGUCACGUCGCCAAGACCGCUAUCGAAUUCCCGUCAAUCUCUCAGCCUUGCUUCCACGUCCUUCCUCUCGAUCGAGUAUGUGAGCGAUUAGCGUUAUGGGACUAUCACUGA